AUGAAAUUUAGAAAUUAAUCAGACUAAACUUAACAAAUUAGCUCUAAAUCUCCUUCUAAAAAUGAUCAAUCUUUGGUCUAAAAUGCAAGUUAGAAUGAUAUUAAAGAAUUCUACUCUAAAAACGACUAAUUUAAUCAAAAUAAAAGCUUACUCAUGAAAAAAGAAUAUUAAAAUUGGCUGCGAAAAAGGUAUAGAGUUAGAGCUAAUAUAAAUUAUUUGUGGAAGGCUGAGUAGCUUUAUGAUAAAAAAUAGUUAGAGGAGCUAUUCGAUACAGUGAUUUAAAAUUCACCAGAUAUUUACAAAUUUGAAAUGAAUUAGGAUAGUUCAAAUAAUCAAGAUCAGUCAAUCAAUUUAGAAGCUUUUUAUCAUGUAAUGAAGAAACUAGGAAAAUAAAACUUUAUGGAUCGCAACUCUUUUAAUAAUAUUUUACAUUUAAUUGACAGAGAUGGUAAUCGCAAACUAAAUAAGAAUGAAUUCUACACAAUGCUCAUGUCAAAAACGAUUAAUCAAUAGAUUUUUAAGCUGAACUAAGGAUCAUGGAAAAAGCAGUUUGACUGUUAGUAAAAUAAAGACAAUUCACAAAAGAAAAGAACUAGAUUUGUGUCUGCUGAUUCAAAUUACUAAAAAUAAUUUGAUAAUGAAGUAUUACCGAGUAUUAAAUAAAAUAAAAUGAAUAUAUAAACAAAAGACUACCAAUAAUUUAAUAUAAAUGCUUAAAAAAUUCUAUCUACUGCUUGUACUCCUAUUAAUAAUCCCAGAAAUAGAAAUAAAAACUUUAAACAUAAUUAACUCAAUAAUAGUUGCUUAGAAGUAAACAAUUCACAUGUAAAUAACUUUUCUUAAAUAGAUAUGACAAAAAUGAUUGGAAAUCUUAAGUAUGAAAACGAUAGAAGCAAGUUACUCAAAAACUUUGAAAGCGUUAGAAAAGAAAAAUCUAUAGAUAUUGAAGAGAAAUGUGAUAAAUUAAAUCAAAUUCUCCAAUAAAAACACUUUAACGUUGAUCAUAUUGGCAUAUCUCCCACUUCUAAGCUUCUGUCUAAACAAAAAAUAUAAGAAAUAAGAAGUAGAAAAUAAAGUUUGUCUCCUUCACCUUAAACUGAAAAUAAGUUACAUCCAUAGAGCUAAAUUGAUCUUUUUGGUGAUUAGAUAUUUAUUUCUUAGGUUAAUUAAUAGAUACCAAAUUAAAAUUAAAAGUAAUUCAAGAUUCUCCCUUCAAUAAACAAAGAUAAAAGCAAUCCUUUUACUUUAGAUAAUUCUACAAAUAUAGGAUCAAACUUAGAUGAUUUUACCAUUUAAAAUAAAAGUAAUGCUCACAUAUAAAGUUUGCCUCGUACUCACAAUAGAAUAGAUAUGAAGUUUCAUUUUGUUAAACAUCUAUCCGAAAUCAACUUUGAUGAAUAAAAAGACUCAUAAGCUAAUAGUAUUUAGCAAACAAACAACAUGAUUUAUGAUAAGCAAUAUAAUAACUAUCACUAAAAUUACAUUAAAUAUAAAUCAAAUACUUGUUCCGUAAAAAGAAAUGCAUAAAAAUAAAAUUCACUGCUAUCUUCUGGAUAGCCUUCUUAUCAAAACUUAUAAAUUCACUAAAGUAUGGAAUUUAUUGAUAAUGAUGAUGACAAUGAAAAUUACCAUAUUAGUUUAAUUUCUGAUAAAUAAAAAUAAGAUUUAAAUUAAUUUAAAUUAGAAGAUUAAGAAGAUGACUAAAAUUUUGAAUUAGAUGACGAAGAUGAAGAGUUAUUUCAAUUUAGCAAAAGGGAAUUAGGAAUGAUUGUAGAAAGAGCAAAAUACAAAGGAAAAAAGUAAGCCUAAGUUCUUAACAUAGGAUAAGAUCUAAAUCAUUUAGCCUAAAAAGAAAGAAGUAGAAAAGAAACUAUUUAAUCAAACUUAAAAGAAAUAACCAAUAACAGUAUUAUCUAUAAUUAAUAUCCUAAGAAUAUCAGAAAAACCUUUAAGCAGAAUAGCUUUGAUUCUAUACAAAUGCCAAAAAGUACCAAAAGAUCUAGUAAUUCAAAAUUAUAAUAAUCAAGGCAAAAUAGUAUUUAACGUAUCUUCUAAAAUUAACAAACUCAAUUUUAAAAUGAAAGCAUCAUAUUAGUAGAAAAUAAACCCAAUAGAGAUCUUUCUACUGACAGUUCUUAUGUAUUUUUAAAACUUUAGAAGAAACAGUGA